UGAGUGGGACACACACUCCCAGCAAUCAAGUGCACGAGUUGUACAGUUGCAGUUGUUCAGGUGUUGGGUAUGAAGAAAAUGCUUUAAAGGGGAGCUGUUGGAUUUGAGAUCACUUUGUGUCAGUCCUUCCUCCCCUCUCUCUCUCGUUGAGAAACACCUGACAAUGUCGGCCCCGUUCCGCGGUGGGUGUGUGCAGGUUGUUGGGAUGUCAGCAGGAUAUCCGUGAUGAGCGGAACUGGGACUCUCUGGAGCUGCGACAAACGCCCAGAAAUCUGUUUAUUUCCCCAGCUACAAAUCCAGGGAAAGGGUAGUUGAGGAAGAAUGGUGGAUAAGGCGACUCCUCCCCAAGAGCCGGUUUUGGUGGCUGACAGUGAAAGGUUUACGAAACUAAAAGAUGCAUUUAUAUCUAAAUAUGGUGCCCCACCUGCAUUUUAUGCACGAGCUCCUGGACGAGUCAAUUUAAUUGGUGAACACAUUGAUUACUGUGGUUAUGCUGUGCUUCCAAUGGCUUUGGAACAAGAUAUCUUGGCAGCUGUCACACCAACACAAACAAACCUCAUCCAGCUGGCAAACACUAACCCCGUAUACCUGGACUAUCAUGUUCACAUAAGUGAGAUCCAUAUUGAGACAGCUAAACCUCAAUGGUAUCACUACUUUCUUUGUGGAUUUAAAGGGAUUCAGGAACAUUUCGACAUCAUUGCCAGUGGAAUGAACUGUGUGGUGGAUGGGACAGUCCCACCCAGCUCAGGACUCUCUAGUUCCAGUGCGUUGGUUUGCUGUGCAGGUCUCGUUACAAUGGUUGCUAAUCAGAAGGUUCUGUCAAAGGUGGAAAUUGCAGAGAUCUGUGCAAAGUGUGAGCGAUACAUUGGCACUGAAGGUGGGGGUAUGGACCAGUCGAUUUCAUUCCUGGCAGAGAAAGGAACGGCCAAGUUGAUUGAAUUCAACCCACUUCGUGCCACCAAUGUAAAACUUCCAAAAGAAGCUGUGUUUGUGAUCGCGAACAGUUGCAUAGAAAUGAAUAAAGCUGCAACAGCUCACUACAAUAUCAGAGUUGUGGAAUGUCGACUUGCAACAAAAAUACUAGCAAAAGCAAAAGGUGUCAAGUGGGAGAAACUGUUAAAAUUGGGAGACUUACAAACUGAACUGGGAGUCAAUCUGGAGACAAUGAUUUCAACUGUGGAGCAAACUCUGCAUCCAGAACCUUACAGCAGAGAGGAGGUUUGUCAACAUCUUGGGAUCAGUCAAGAAGAGCUGUGCAGCACCAUCCUCAGCCAGAACACACAGCAUGUGACAACAUUCAAACUUUAUCAGCGCGCUAAGCAUGUUUACACUGAAGCUAGACGAGUUCUACAGUUCAAGAGAAUUUGUGAUGAGGCACCUGCCAAUGCAUUGCAAUUGUUGGGAGAGCUGAUGAAUCAAAGCCAUACCAGCUGUAGGGAUAUGUACGAGUGCAGCUGUCCAGAACUUGACCAGCUUGUGGACAUCUGUGUACAAUCUGGUGCUAUUGGCUCACGGUUAACUGGCGCUGGAUGGGGAGGUUGCACAGUGUCCAUUGUACCCACCGACAACUUGAAUAGCUUCCUGAUGAAAGUGCAAGAAGUCUAUUACAAAGCCGAUGUUCAAAGAGCAGCUUUACACACACGCAGCCUGUUUGCCACCCAGCCUGCAGGAGGAGCUGCAACUUACUAUGAGGCCUAAAUAACUGCAAGAUCUGUGGGAAUAAGGAGACCUUUCCACCCAAAACAAACUAGAGAGCUGGUCCGUUAGUUAUUGUUACUUUGAGUAAUUAAGACACAUUUAUUCAAAAUAAAUUUGAGAUGAUUACAAACAUUGCUUCUUCACAAUCCCUUGUUUAAUUUGUUCUUGAGACCAUAAC